AUGGAUAACGAAAUUGUAACUAAUGUAACAGUUGAUGAAGGUGCAGUCGGGGUAAUUCAUAGCAACGAGUCCUACGAAGAGACUGGGAAUGAAAACUUUCAAUGUGAACCAUGUCUUUUUGAAAACGCUGAAGUAGAGGCAACAACAUUUUGCAUGGAUUGUUUUGAACAUCUUUGCAUAAAUUGUGCCCGCGAUCACAGAAAGAACAAGAUUUCAAGGAAUCACAAGUUGCUGGAAGGUGAAGAAAUCCCGAAGGAUUUAAAAACAAUUAAAAUUUUGAAACGCAUGAUGGCAUGUUCCGGUCAUCCCGGAACGGAUGUUACAUACAAAUGUGAAGAUCAUGAUAAGUAUAUUUGUGUAACGUGUUUAGCAGAAUGUCAUCGGAAAUGUAACGAGGUGAAUGAAAUCUCUCUGAUAAUCUCCCCUGGAAAUGAAGACAGGUGUAGGAUUGUGAAAGAAUCACUAUCGCAACUUCAAGAAUACACAGCCACUUCCAAAAGUGCAUCUGAAGAUAAUAAAGAAAGUCUUCGUGCACAACUUUCUGUAAUACAAAAGGAACAACAAACACUUUUUGACAGUAUUUAUGAAGAACUGUCUAAAAGAAAAAAGCAGCUGGAACUUGAAACAGGUGAGCUUGCGACGAAAGAAUUGACUGAAAUUGAAGGAAAUCUACAAAAGUAUAAUGAAGCUGAAACAGAAGAGGAAGAAUAUCAAAGAUUACUAGAUGUCACUAUAAAAUGUGGGAAUGCUAGGGAAGUAAAUGUUAUACCUGAUCUAAUAUCAAGAAAAGUAAAGUUACUCAAAGAGGCCAUUGAGAAUAGAUACAAAAAAGAACAAGCAUUUCUUACAUUUAAUUGCAGUGUGGAUUUGAAACCACUAAUAAAACUAGGACAAGUGUCUGUCAUGUAUACUGACCAAGUAAAACAUUUGGACUCUAAUGACGAGCAUCGUCUUUCAAGCGAUGAAUUACUUGAACCUGAAAAAGUGUCAAAUAAAGUGACAAAAUUAACAACAGACAAUAGUUCGUCCCAAAGCAGUAUAACAAAACACUUAGAUGAAAUACCACAAACGUUGAAACAAACAAGACUUUCUGCGGAGCGAGAAGUUCAGAGUACGCCAAACACACAGCAGAAAUCACACCCUCCUAGCUUUAUGAAACGUAGCGUCGGUCACCAGUUUAUUUCUUACAGUGUUAAAUGUCAAGACGACCCAUUUUAUUGCCGUAUCUGUGCCAUAGUUAUAUUACCCGAUGAUCGUCUAGUUAUUCUUGAUCAUACAAAUACGAAAUUAAAAGUUUUUAAGGAAGAUUUUUCUCUUGCAUUUACUUUUGGUUUUCAGAAUAAACCUUUUGCCAUGUGUCACGCUUACGACAACACAGUUGCAGUAGUUCUCAUAGAUGGAAGGGCAGUCGAUAAAUAUUUUAUCGGCCACUCAAAUGUUUUCAACGCUGGGAAAUUUCCAACAAAAUACGGAAUAGACGCUCUGGAAAAGUUUGGAAAUGACAAGAAAAUAGCGAUUCUUUUUUGUGACGACAAAGAACAUAAUAGAUGUCAUUUUUUUCAGAUUAGAGAUGCGGAACAUGGUCGUAUUUUGGAAACAUUAUAUUUGGAAAAAUCAACUGGGGUUACGUUGAAGUUAGAAGGGGCCAAACGAAUGUUGUAUCGCGGAACAAAUGAAAUAUUCGUGUCAGAACAUUGGAAGCUUCACUGUUUCGAUAUAGAUAAAAAUGUCGGUUUUUGCACCAAGCAAUCUGACAGUAAUUACAUUCAGGAAUCUUGGUUCUAUAAAAGCUGUAAAGGACAUUUUUUGAAAGACGUUUCUGAUUUAGCCACAGACGAAGAAGGAAACAUCUAUGUGUGUGGUUUAGAAUCUAACAAUAUUCAUCAAAUUUCAUCAGACAAUUACAGAGAAAACAGAAUAAUCCUCAACAAUAUCAAAGAGCCAAAUUCGAUUUCUGUACACAGCAAGAAAGGCUACUUGAUUGUCGGCUGUUUUGAUGAUGAUUAUAUACAUGUUUAUCACUUUGGUUAG